CAAAUGUUGUCAUCUCUAUCAGUACUCAAAAAGUAAACACACGUGUUUGUGACCAGAGACAAAAUUUAAUUUUCCGCAGAAAAAUUUAUUAAAAAACUUAAAAAUGUAUUUGAUGUACACAUUAAAUGAAAAUGGUGAACGUGUAUACACCUUGAAGAAACGCACUGAAGAUGGACGUCCCACAAUCUCCGCCCAUCCAGCUCACUUCUCUCCCGAAGACAAGUACUCCAGACAACGUUUAACCAUUAAAAAACGUUUCGGUUUACUGCUGACACAGAAACCAGAACCUGUCUAUUAA